GUUUAGAUUAUUGAACGAUGAAGAAGAAUAUUCUAAUUUUAUCAACGGGUUCAAUUGCUGUUGUUAAAUUAGUAAAGAUAAUCCAAGGAAUAAAAGAUGAAUUCAAUGUGCAAGUAGUUUUAACGGAAUCUGCUAGUAAACUAGUAGACGCUAAUGACUUAGAUUGUAAGGUAUAUAAGGAUCAGGAUGAGUGGAAGGACUUCAAAGCGAUUGGUGAUGACAUAUUACACAUUGAAUUGCGUAAAUGGGCAGAUUUAAUUGUUAUAGCGCCUUUAUCUGCUAAUAGUCUAGCUAAAAUAUCCAAUGGAUUAUGUGAUAAUCUACUAACUUCAAUCCUGAGGGCGAAAGAUGACGAAACAAAGGUUAUAGCCUUCCCUUCAAUGAAUACUUAUAUGUACAAGAACCCGUUAACAGCUAUUCAGCUGGACAUACUUAGAAACAUUUUGGGUUUUUAUUUAUUUGGUCCAAUCGAGAAGACAUUAGCAUGUGGAGAUAGCGGUAUAGGCGCGAUGUCAGAAUAUCAAGAUAUUAUAAAUUUAAUUUAUGAAUUUUCUAUGCAUUGAUCUCUCUCUCUUCUUUCUUAUAUAAUGUCCAACUUUUUUGGUAGCAUAGGGUGAGAAAUAAAUAUUUAGUCUUUAUUUACAGCUCAUUUAAUGAAUUUAUUAGUAGAAUACAGAUCUCCAAUACCAACAUCACCUACGACGACGACAGCACCAACAGCUAAUAUACCCAAUACUAAACCUUUAUUCUUAUGUCAACCAUUUGUUAAAGCUGCGCUAGUUAAAGGUAGCUUUAAGACUAUCGUCGUUCUACCUAAGCACGUUGACGUUAAUGAAUGGGUUGCUAUAAACUUAUUCGAUUUCUUUCAUAAUUUGAACUCAUUCUAUGGCGUUAUUUCGGAGACUGUAACGAUAGAAUCAAAUCCUACGAUGUCCGCUGGUCACAACUUCGAUUACACUUGGAUUGAUCAAUCAAGAAAGUUGGUGAAAUUACCUGCACCUACUUAUAUUGACUAUGUUAUGGUUUGGGUACAAUCUUUACUAAAUGAUGAAUCUGUUUUUCCCACUAAACAAGGCAAUUACUUUCCACCUACGUUCCCAAGUUCAGCUAAACACCUUUAUAAACAACUUUUUAGAGUUUUCGCUCACUUAUAUUGGUCACACUUUACUUCUUUUGUUCACUUGAGUUUGGAAGGUCAUUUGAAUAGCUUAUUCGCUCACUUUGUAGCGUUCGGUAGAGAGUUUGACCUCAUCGAUCAAAGAGACGUCGUCGGUUCUGGCGUAGGCGAAUUAAUGAAGGUCUGGCGUGAUCAAGGUACUUUGGAUUUAUAAUAUCGUUUUUCAUUAAAUAUAUACAUUCAUACAAACUUUAGAUUAUUCACUUUACAUGUUGCGCCAUAGAAUAAGUAUUCAAAAAUUUCUCUUCACCUGAUGGAAAUACCUUUACCAUCCACUCAUCUUCAUCAUUGCUUAUUAAUUUAGCUAGCUCUCCUUUGUAUUCUCCUUCAAUGACCAUAGCGUUUUGUCCUUUGUCAAAUGCACUAUCACCAGGUUGAACAGGUGAAAUAAAUCGAUUUGAUAAAGUUAUCUUCUCAUUAUUACUUUCAUCUAAUAACUUUACUAUUACGUUAUCAUAAGCGUUACACCUAAGUAACGAUCCGUAUUUUCCAUCAAACUUGCCAUCUUCAAAUUGUCUAACUGAAUCGAUCUUUACUUUAAUAUCAACGUUAUCUCUGAACCAAUUGACUGGUGGACCAUGCCUAAUUUGCAUUCUUGACGAAUGCAUUUGAGGUCCUGAACUACUAUCAUAAGGUGUAGAUGCAUAUCCACCACCACCUGGAGUUGGUGCACCAUAUGGUGUAGGGGCGAGACCUCCUCCACCUGGAGUUGGUGCGCUAUAACCAGGUGUGUAUCCUACUCCAGGUGUAGGUGCUCCACCAGGAGUAGGUGCUCCUCCAUAAGGCGUAGGUGCUCCGCCAUAAGGGGUUGGAGCUGAAUAAUCAUCUUGGGUGUCCCAACUCGUAUCUUUAUUUUGUAAUGACAUACUGCUGAUAUCUACCGAACUUUCUCCAUCAUUAUGUAUUGACUCCCACGCUGCAUUACCUUGGCGAUCGUCAAAUGAUGAAACUUCAUUAGAACGAUCUGAUGGUUUCUGAAAUCCAGAUGAAGAUUUAUCCCUCGAAGGUGAAUUUGAGGAAGCAGCAUUUGAAUAACGAUUGGGUGAAACUGAUCCCCAAUUUUGUUCAUUUAGAUCAUUCAAUUGUUGACCAGGUGUAUUAUUACCCCACGCAGCACCACCUGGUGUUUUCGAACCUGCGUUCCAACUUGGUGUUUUUGAUCCUGCACCCCAUGCACCUGCUGCUGGAGUUCUUGCGCCUGCGCCCCAUCCAGGUGUUGCACCACCACGUACACCAGGUGUCUUCGAUCCUGCAGCCCAUGCACCUGCUGCAGGUGUCCUUGCGCCUGCGCCCCAACCAGGUGUUGCACCACCACGUACACCAGGUGUCUUUGAUCCUGCAGCCCAGGCACCUGCUGCUGGUGUACGGCCACCUGCACCCCAAGGUGUAGCACCACCUUGACCAAAUGGUGUUUUA